CACAAAUUCACAAUUCACAAAUUGCCUGUAUCACUUCAACCCUCUGUUAUAGACAUCUCUGAGUAUGCUUUUCUUUUGCAUUUUCUUCUACUAAGUCGCCCCAAACAAAGUCCAAAACCAGAUCUUUCCUUGUAUUUGCUUGAACAUACUUUUACUGUGAUUGUUGAUCACUAGAUUUUUCACUCCUUCCCCUUUUUCUGGAUCCCCUGCUUCUCUUUCAGUAAGCAAUAAUAUCCAAAUCACUUCAUAUUUUAACUUGUAAUCCGAUUCUAUCCACUUUUUGCAUCUAAAUUUCGCUGCUCUAUUUUCUCCAAGGAAGGAAAAAGGAAAAGGGGUUGAGAAUGGAAGAAGCUGCAGGGAAUGCUGUUUUAGAAGUUGGAAAGGGCUUAGCUGCUCCUGUAAGGCGUCAAUUUAUGUACUUCUACAACUACAAAAGCAACUUUGACGAUCUUGAAAAAGAAAUUGGAAAGCUCAAGGAUGCAAGGGAUGAGGUGAAGGAUAAGGUUGUUGCGGCUCAAAACAACGUGAAAAAGAUCAAACAGCAGGUUAAAGACUGGCAGAGGGAUGUGGAUUCCAUCAUUGUUGAAGCAGAGCAGUUGAUUCAAGAGAAAACAAACAGCCGAUGUUUCAACUUGAUCACCUGUUACAAAAAUAGCAGGAAAGCAUCGAAGAAGGUGGACGCUGUAACUGAAUUCCUGCAGGAAAAAGAAACAUUCAGUGAAGUUUCCCUUCCUACCACUCAUGAAGACAUUCGGCUUAAGAACAGAGAUUACGAGGAAUUUGAAUCAAGACGCUCAACUUUGAAUGAUGUGUUGAACGCUGUAGAAGAUGCUGAGGUGGGCAUUAUCGGGGUUUACGGAAUGGGUGGCAUUGGCAAAACCACGCUGGUCAAAGAAGUCGGUCAGCAAGCCAAGAAAAAACAGCUCUUGGAUGAAGUGGUUUUCGUGGAGGUAUCUGAUGAACCAGACCCUAAAAAGAUUCAAGAUGAACUAGCAAAUCAGUUACUUCUGAAAUUUGAGCCGGAGGCAGAAAGAGCAAGCAUGUUGUAUGCAAGAUUGAAGACAGGUAAGAAAAUCCUUGUAAUUUUGGAUAAUAUCUGGGAACAAUUAAAUUUGGAGGCUCUCGGAAUUCCUUGUGGAGAUGAUCGCGGGGGAUGUAAAGUAUUGCUGACAGCAAGAGAUCUUAAUGUGUUAACGAGUAUGGAUUCUGUGAAGUGUUUCCCAAUGGGUUUUUUACCUGAAGAAGAAGCUUGGAGCCUUUUUAAAAAGAUGGCAGGUGAUGUUGUUAAUCAAACAAUUAUUAAGCGGAAUCAUCUGCCGAACAACGUAUGUAAGGAAUGCAAAGGUUUGCCAAUUGUCAUUACUACCAUAGCAAGAGCAUUAAGGAAUAAGAGACGUCCAUCUCAAUGGGAAGAUGCUUUGCGAGAACUGAGAAUGCCUUCCCCCACAAAGUUUGCAAAGUUACUGGAAAAGGGAUACUCAAAGAUAGCAUUGAGUUACAAUUAUCUAAAAGAUGAUGAACUCAAGAGAACUUUUAUAGUUUGUAGUCUAAUGGUAAAUGAUACUACCAUUUCAGACUUGUUCAAAUACAUUAUGGGCUUGGAUAUUCUUGAAGGAGUUAUUUGUACAAUGGAACAAGCGCGAAAUAGACUAGAAAGUCUUGUCUGUGAACUCAAGGACUCCUGUUUGUUACUUGAUGGGCGAAACAAUGAACAUUUUUCUAUGCAUGACGUUGUUCGUGCAGUUGCCAUAACAAUUGCAUAUAAAGAUCAACAUGUAUUUACUGAGCGAAACAACAUGGAGAGAGAAUGGAGUAAUACAGAUGAAUUGAAAAUGUGCUCAAAAAUCUCGCUAGCUGAUACUAGUGUGAUUAGUGAGCUUUGGCCUGAAGGUUUGGAUUGUCCAAAACUUGAAUUUUUCAGUAUGGUGAUGAUGGUUUCUUCUUUCUAAAUCCCUGAGAAAUUUUUUGUAGGGAUGGGUAACCUCAGAGUUCUAAGUUUACUUAACAUGAAGGUGUUGUUCUUGCCGUCAUCUCUUAGUCUUCUAUUUAAUCUUCAAACAUUAUGUUUAAAUUAUAGCAAUUUUGCAAAUAUAGCAAUUAUUGGAGAGUUGAGACAACUGAAAAUUCUUAGCUUGCAACAUUCUAAGAUUAGGGAAUUGACAAGAGAAAUAGGUAAAUUGACUCAACUAAGGUUGUUAGAUUUAAGUAAUUGUUGGAAUCUAAAAGUUAUCGCAUCAAAUGUUAUAUCAUGCUUAUUGCGAUUGGAAGAAUUGUAUAUGAGUGGAUGCUCUAUUCUAUGGAAGGUUGAAGGACUUGAGGUGUUGAAUUAUUUGUCUCAACUGACAGCUUUAGAAAUAGUCAUU